UGAAAGAUGAAAUUAUCAAGCGGCUUCAAGACUAAAACUCAAGAAGAAGAAUACAAUAAAAAUUUGUAUGGAAUUAUAUUCUUGAUGCAGUAUACCAUUUCCAAAAUCAUAACGGGUUCAAAUAAAUCAGAGAUAAGUAUCAGCGAACUUUUUGACGAGAGUUUAUUCAUCCAACAUUUCAGAGCAUUAUAUUCUAAACUAUCAAGUAUUGAGAAAGGGAAAAAGAGUCCUCCAAAGUUCUCCUUUGCAUUCCAAAAUAUUCGUAAUAAGAUAAAAGAAAAGACAUUUGGGAAGACUAGUGCAAGACUCUCUUCUGGAAGUAGAAGUUCAAAAUACCCUGAAAUUUCUCAAGAAAAGUAUGCGAGCAAUAGUAGAGAAAGGAAGCCAAGCAUGAUUAAUCCUAAUAGUUCUGGGUUCCUUAAACAAGCUCCUGCUGUGGAUAUUUCCAAGAAAAAUAAAAGGAAGAUACACGAAGGAUAUAUGAAUCAGUCCACUGAGUUGCCGAUGAGUAGUAAUGGACAUUAUUCUAACAUGGAUAUUAUCAUUGAGUCUGAGGGUCCAGAAGAGAACAUGUCUAGCACAAGUACACCAAAAGGCUCAUUCUGGGGUAAUAAGAGUCAUGAAACUAUUGAUCAAAGAAAAGUAAGGAAGAGCACUCGCAACACACAAAAAUUCUUUCUUCCAAAAUCAAAAAUAGGAAAGAUGCCUCAGAUAAAGAAUAAUUAUAGAAAAAAUAAUUUAGCAAAUAAUCAUUUCAGUAUUCCUUCAUCUGACUCAAUGAUCAGACCUGAGCUUGAAUACUCCACCAUGAGUGAAGAUAACGGCUAUUUUCCUUCAGGCGUUGGAUCAAUAAGAAAUGAAAAUUUAGAUUAUAUCAGCAGGAGUAGUAACUCAAGAUCAGGACCCAGAAAGCCAAAGGUAAAGGGGUAUAUGGAAAAGAGUAUAUCCGCUACCAAAAUCCUUGGCAAAAAGAGGCAAAGCAAAGGGAUGAUGCCUGAGCUAAGACAAACACCUACUUCCAAGCUCAGCCAGUACAAUGAUGCUAGUUCAGUCUCUCAAAGCUCUAUAUCAAAAUACGACAUGAAUAAGAGUCAGCACAUUCUGAACAAAGUGGCAAAAUAUUUGUAAUUCAAUGCCUUCUAAUCUGA